AUGAUGCUGUCACUACCUAAACUCUGUUCGGGGGGAGUAGCCAUGCUUCUUGCUACUCUCCUGAACACGCUUGCGGUGCAGGGCGCGUCCAUUCGUCACCACAGGCUCAGAGGCGGCGACCAGAGCGCCUAUCUCGCGCCCAGCUCGGAUAUGAUCAAAGCCCUCGAGUACAUCGAGAGCCUGAAGCAGAGGACGGACGGACUCGAGAGCCCUACCGCCGACUACGACGAAGUAGACAAAUUCCGCCUUCUGGUGCAACUCGCAUCGCUCCAGGACGAGGAUGCACCGCAGGCGGCGCGCGGCGAGGACGAUAGCCGUUGGCCUGACAACAAGGCUCCACAGUGGGUAAAAGCGCUUCUCAGAACGCUCGAGCAAACUGGGGAAAGCGCUGACACCGCACCGGAACCAAGCAACGAGCGCCGUACUCACAAGAGCAGGCACCCAUCGUCUGAUGUCGAGAGCCCUGUCGGAGACUACGGAGGUGUCGUGAAGCCGCACAAAAAGUAUCCACUGAUGUUCGAAGACGAGGAAAACGCCAGAGACAGCACUUACAAGAGAGCGACGGAAGAUUUGGACGAGCAGUACACGCCGCAGAGCCUCGCCAAUAUGCGCUCCAUUUUCGAAGAACUCACCAAACUCUCCACUUCACCAAAUCAGAAGCGCGACAACGAGCAGGAAGACGGUGAUGAAGAUGAUGAUGAUGAUGACCUCUACAGGGUCAGAAACUUGGCCUACGAGGACGUGGCGGGUGGUGAAGACUGGAUUCCGCUGGAAGAGCAGGUGGAGACCGAGGAAGUGGUGAAAGGUAGUCACGAAGAGUUUGAUCGCGGACUGGGAGACAACGAUCAGGACGGUCCAAUCAUUGAACGACGAGCUAGCCCCAUGUUUGAGGACAAAGAGGAGCCCGAGGACGACACGAAACUUGUGGAUUACUAUCUGCUGAAGGUUUUGGAGAUGAGCGACCAAGCCCAGAAGAGGGACAGAAUGGACGGACAAACUGGCAGAAGGAGGCUACCUCGACCUUCUUUAAUCGACCCAAGGACCAUCAAUCAAUUGCUAUCCAAACUGGCAAUGAAGCUCCAGAUACCACAGGAGGACCUGGUGGGAAUGUUGAUCAUGGAGGAGACCAGAAAACUGCAGCGACCCGUGGCGGCAGAGGCGCAGCGGGAGAGAAAGCCUACCCAAGCCUUACCUCGCUACAAGACGAGAGUCAUCAAAUACUAUAACCGACGUCUGCCCGAAGUCACAGUCAACGAUAUUCCAGCAGACGUCAAGACCGAAGACAUCCUAAACAUCUUGGGACUGGACAGUCUGGGAAGCAAGAAUUCCAAAUAUUUCACCAAACAACGACCAUAUAAAACAUCCGUGUCAAGGUAUUUCACACCGAGUGGAAGACGGGGCAGUUUGCUCAUGUCGGAGUUAAACAAAUCCCCUAGUAAAAGAGCAGAUGAUUACGAUGACACGGUAGACGAGGACGAAGUGGCGACUUUUCUGGCCGCUAAGCUUUUAACAGAGUACCCCGAUACUAGCAGCUCUGCGGAUCGUAAACGCGCCGCAGAACCCAACACAAACGGACAGUUUCCAUACGAAUUAUAUGAAGAGGCCAUGAAAGACUACUUUGAUCAAGUCGACACGGGUAAAAGCGCGCCGGCUAAAAGGGACACGGAGACAAAAGACGACACAGAGGUGCCCCAAAAGCAAAUGAAUGACAAAACAGCCCCGGAUUCGGUUGACCAACAAGUUCCCGAGACUAUUAAAGAAGAGGAGAAAGAGCAACACGGGAAAAAGGUUGCUGGAAUGUAG